AUGACUUCGUCCGACAGAGGCUAUUCUCGGUCUACGCUGCGAAAGAUCCUCAAAGCCCACUCCAGGAAGAGGGUGGCCACAGAAGUCGAUCCAUUGGUCUACCUCAACUACAUUCUGUUCAUGGAGGAGCUUAUGCAGACUGCGACUCGCAAAGCACUCUCGGACAACAAUAAAAAUGUCACCGCGAAAGACAUCAGGAAAGCCACUAUAGUUGAACCGCCAAAUCCAGGGCGACAGCACAACACUCUCGAGAUAACACACAGUGGUUACAUCCUGCACUCCCGUCAUCUUCGAACCCAAUGGGACGAGAACCCUCAAGAUCUGCCGCGCAAGAGGAUAUGA